AAGCGGGACAAACAAGCGGCCGGGGUACGCGAGUAAAGGAAAAACAUAAUGAGCGUCCACCAGCAGCGCUCAGAGGCUGACCUGUGGACGCGGAGAGCGCCACAUGGAGGCGGUGCUGAAAAACGUGGCGAGCACGACGGAGCUGCUGGCGGUGGCGGCGCUGAGCGGUGAGGUGCAGCGAUGGGAUAAACAAACUCUGUCCAGAGCUGUUCAGUGGGCCCGGUACUGCGAACGCCUCUUUUCCAGGUUUCACAACAACCCCGCGAUAAGGAUGCUUAUGGAGAAGCAGCUGCAGCUCACAAAUCAAAGUUUGCGAGCUGCCUUUGCGGGAUACAUUGAAGUUUCCCUCUCGGACCUCUCCCGGUGUCAGCACCUGUUGCUUGUUGGGCUGUUGAAAAACCCCGAGCUGCCCAUCUCCAUCAUGAAGGUACUCUUUGACACUGCGAGUCCUGUAAACACCCAGCAGAGUGAGUGCCAGGACGUCACCGGCUUCUGCAGCCACAUCAUUCAAUGCAAAUCUGCUUGUAAAGUCCUGAGUCCUCUCACAGACCUGUCAGCUGUUGGUGUUGGUGCUGAUGCUGAGGUGCAGGCGGCGAUGCUGAUGGAGAGGUUGGAUGCUCUGCUGAGCCAAGGCAGUGAAGCCUGCCGCACAGAGCAUAUUUUAGACUCUGUCCUCCGGGGAUUUGAAGGCGCAGCAGGACAUUUCUGUCUUGUCAUCGCUGCAGCUCUGCUGACAAAGAAAAACUCUGCUUCACAAAGCACUUCACAGGACUUUCUCUUGGACUGGCUGCAGAAAGAACAAAGUGUGCUGCAGCACAUGUGUUCUGCUCUGCCUGCUACACUUAUUAUAGACCUGACCAAAGAACACCUGAAAUUUAGACAUGCAUACUGCGAUUUGCUGAAAAAGUGGGCAGCCGAUAUGGAGUACAGCAUAAGUGAGGGUGAAUGGGUUCAACCCAGAAAGAACCGAACAGUGUCCUUCAACAGACUGACCCAGCACUUCCUAGGCUUGUUUGAGACCUGUCCCUCUUUGAGAGACGAUGUAGAAAAAGAGCUAAAUGCUUUGAAAAUGUCCGAUGGAGACUUUGAUGUCGGAGGUCUGAGUGUGUGGGGAGACCUCCUGUCAGCUGUAAACAAGUGACUGUCAGUCUAAUGAUUAUUUAGAGUACAAAAAGAUGCCAAAAUGUCUAAGUCUGUUUAUAUCUUUAUGCAAUGUGUGACUAUAAGGCCGGGUAAUAAACCUCAGUACGUUUUGUUACCAAAGAAAACGUCCAGGGCACAGAUUUUUGUAAACUGCGUCAAUGACUCAAAGCUGGCAUCACAUGACACAUUGACAUUCAACAUUAAAUAACUUUGGGUUUUUUAAUGGGGGAAAAAAACUGAUUUUUGUAGAAAAGUGUUUAUUUUCAAGCAGAGGAAGGUGUCAAAAAAGUAGCAUUUUGGUAAUAUUACCAAAACACAGGUAUCAUAAAAGCAUUAGUAUGCUCACUUCAGUGGAUUUUGUAAUCUUUGUAAUAUUUUAUCCA